AUGAAUGAUAAACACGAGAUGCGUUGGUUGGAUGCAGUAAACAUAUACGUCUCUCGAUUUCGACACUGUAAGCCAUACAGUCAUACCUCUGGACAAGUAGGCUGGAUUUUGUUUUGCGUUGCAGGUGAAGCGAUCGAUAUAAACAUCAGCAGCGGGUGA